AUCAUUUUCGUAGAAAUUUUGUUCGUAACAAAUUCGGGGGCGGCAAAUCCAACAAAAAAAAAAAACAUAUAUACGAACGAUUCGCCGAUACAAUAUAAUUUAACCAAACACCGUUCCGAAACCCGAAAACUAAAAAGAAAAAUAAUGAAACGAGGCAGCCGUGCAAAUAAAAUGGUGUAAACAGCUGAGUUUUUGGCUCAUUAAAGAAUUUAUUGUUUAUAAUUUCUACGGGAUGCUUCGACUGUGUGCGUUGUUUUCGCAAAAAAGCAACGCUCCUCCUCGCCUUCAACAAAAAAGGGGCGUGGAAAGAAUUUUCACGUGCUUGUGUUAGUGUUUUUGUGUAUAACAUGAAUUAAAAAAAAAAAGAUGUUCCUGAAUCCUUCAUCCGGAAAUUGUCAUGUAACUCCUUAGAAGUGUGAAUAUUUCAAGGAAAAUUGCCGGAAAGUCAGAAAAGAGAGGCAAAAGGAAAAAAAAAAAAGGAUAACGAAUUAGUCAUCGCUGGCAGCGACGUUGGCUGCGCAGUCGGCAGCGCAUCCUGUCCACUUGUGCGUGUGUGUGCACAUGCGUUUAACUGCGUGCGUGUGUUUGUGCUUGUGUGUGUCUCUCUAUUUUUGAAUCGGCUGCCGGUUUUUGCAAAACAACAACACAACAACAACAACAACAACUUGUUUGUUUCAACUCUUUUGAUCCCUAAAGAACGCAAGAGAGAGACAGCGCGAAAGAGAGAGCAGAAUGGAGCGAAAAUUUACGCGGGGCUUAAAUAAGCUCGGCUCGGCGGUGCAAAUGAGAGAGAAUGUCUCCCAGCUGGUCCGAGAGAGCGCUGUUUUGAACAAGCCCAUGGUGGUGGAGCCAAUCGACUUUGAAGCCUUUAUAGCCAAAAAUAAAACAGUUAUCCAGAAUGAUCCCCAAAGGGAGCUACUCAUCUAUCCCGCUGACGAUGUCUCCGAGAUCAUCAUGCCCCGCAAGCAGCGGACCAAUGCCAAGUCCGUGGCCGACCGCUUUGAGCCCCAUGAGGCGAUAGUGUGUCCCCUGCAUGGCCCCUCAAUAAUUGGCAAUGGAAAUGGCCACAGCCAGGUGAGCCGGCAGGGCAGCAUCCAGUCAAAUGGUAGCCUCCACAAUGGCACAUCCAAUAGUAAUGGACACAGCAGCAGUAGCAGCAGUUUGUCCAACUCCAAUGGACAUGGCCAGCUCUCUAGGAAGAGCUCACAGUGUUCGAAUGGUUCCUCCAGUCACAAGGAUUCCUCCUAUGAGUCCGCUUUGUCCUCGCUGACACUUCGUUCCCAUUUGGCACAGCCAGAGGAGGUGGAUGAGUAUGCGGAUGAGGUACAUGGUGAGGAUAUAGUGGAUGGCCAGGCGAUUCAUGGAUCCAGAGCGGAAUGCACGCGCUUCACACGACAGGCUCUGUACACCUACAGGGCCAAGAAUCAUUUGAUUCAUUACAAAUAUAAUGCCUACGGUGGGAAUUGCCAUGAUCUGCCAAGCAUCUCUCCUGCUGAAGAACUGCUGGAGGAGGUAUAUGAAAUCGAUGCCGAUCAGGAUCGCAUUGAUGAGCAAAUGACUCGCUCUCAGGCGGACACCAUUACCAAGCAGGGAUAUCUACUCAAGGGACCCGAUUCGGCUUCGGAUCGAAUGUUUGCCAACAUUGGCAACAAGUCCUUUAAGCGUCGCUAUUGCUAUUUGCGCCAAGAAAUUGACGGCACCUACAUUCUAGAGCUGCACAAGGACGAGAAGCAGGGCGAGGCCAAGGCCACAAUAGUCAUGGACUUUUGCACCGAGGUGGUGCAGAAUCCCAAACGUGGCCGCUUUUGCUUUGAACUUCGCAUGACAGCCGGCCACAAAUCUUUCACCCUGGCCGCCGAAAACGAGCAGGACUUCGGGGACUGGCUAAGUAAGCUUUCCUCGGUGUUGGCUCAGAAUCGUGCCCAGGAAGAGAAGCGGAAUGCCUCGCUGGAGCGCCAGCCAUCGGUGAAUUCGAAUCCUGGUCCCCAGCUCCAGCCUCCGACUGUGGAACCUCAAACCUUUGGCACCCUGAAGGGCUUAGAUCAAUCGCUGCAUCCGCAGCUUAUGAAGUACGGCAGGGAAACGGAUCACUCUAUUGCUUUGGCCAGGAGAGAGCACCGUCGUCGGUUAUUUGCCUGCUAUCAAUCGCCAGCCAAGUCCAGUGGCAGUGACAAUGUGGAGCAAUAUCGAGACCAUUUUGGUACACGUCUCCUGCUAACCUGCCACAACCUGCGCUUUAGACUACAGUGCGUGCCCCAGGAGGAGGCGGCUUCCGCCGGCGGCAGCGAACAGCAAGUGGAGCCCUAUAUCACCAGUUUGGCAUUGUACGAUGCCAAGGCGAAUCGGAAGCUAAGCGAGAACUUUUAUUUCAAUGUUAAUGAGCCAUGGGCUGCCCAACUACUGCCGAAUACCCCGGUUCCAUCAUCUGUUGCCAGCUGUGGAGUUCCUAGAAAAUCAACUGACGGUGAUGAGAAGAGCACUGGCUCUCAGGCACCUCACUCUCUGUUCGACGGAGUCUCCGCAGAGUUGUUACGAUCGAAUCGCCAGCAAUUCCAGCAGCUGAAGCAGUGCCUGCUUUCGGUUACGACCCCGCAUGCGGAUAUAUACUUGGUGGUGCGCGUGGAGAAAAUCCUGCAAAGCAGCAUUGCCCAGGCCGCAGAACCCUAUUUAAAGGCUGGCAAGGAUCCCAAGUUGGGCCAGAAGGUCUACAAAGCCGCCAAGAAUUGUGCCCAGCACAUUGGUCAUUAUAGGCAACCCUUUGCCUGGGCUGCCCGACCACUCUUUAAGCAGUACAGCCAUGUGGAUGUGGAUCCGCACAAGGAGUUCGAAUUUAGUCCUAUUUAUCGCCAGGAGUUACCCAAACUGAAGGAUGAUGAGUUGCUGAAGCUUUUGGUGGACUAUCGCAAGCCAGAGAAGCUGAGCAAACUGACCAUUAUACCGGGUAGCCUGAAGAUGCAGAUGCAGUUUGACCAAACUACGCCAAACUGUGGCUUGAGUAAAUCUUUGGCUCCAUUGUCCACCUUCAGCCCCAAUUCCAAGCACUCGCCCACCAUCGAGGUGGCGGAAUUCCAAAGCCAGAGCGAACGAGAGGCGCAUCCGUACACAAGUUUUUGCAAUCAUCUCUAUGUGUAUCCCCUGAGCUUGCAAUUUGACAGCCAGAAGCUGUUUUCGCGGGCCAGAAACAUCACCGUGGUGGUGGAGCUGCGGGACAGCGAUGGAGAGUACAGCAAGCCUCUGAAGUGCAUCUAUGGUCGUCCUGGACAGGAUCUACUGGUGUCCCAGAUCGCCUGCCCAGUGCUGCAUCACAAUGUCACUCCAACUUGGUACGAAGAGAUCAAGCUGCGUCUUCCCUUGGGUCUAUUUCCGGAGCAUCACCUGCUCUUCUCCUUCUACCAUGUGUCGUGUAACCUGAAAAAACGGGAUGCACAUGCUGCGUUCGAGACUCCCAUUGGUUAUGCUUGGCUGCCGUUGCUUCAGAAGAAUCGGAUUUGCCUGGAGGAGCAGCAGCUGCCGGUGGCAGCCACCUUGCCAGUGGGAUACCUGUCCAUCCAGCUGGGAUGGGGCAAGGGGCAGAACUGCGGUCCGGACAUUCAGUGGAUCGAUAACCAGAGGAAUCUCUAUACAGUGGGCCUGCGACUGGACUCCACGGUACUCACAGCGGAUCAGCAUUUGCACAACUUUUUCGGACACUGCGAGAGACUCCUGGAGGGUGGCAAGACGGGAGCUGUGCCGGCGGAAACGGAAACCUGCAAGAUCCUGAAGGCAGCCCAUGCCAUUGAUAUGCGAUCGUUGAUUAACUACUUACCAACUGUCCUCAAUGAGCUGUUCACUCUGUUGGUUCAUACCCAGUCCGAGGAGAUUGGUCUGAAUGUCAUCCGUUUGAUAACGAACAUUAUUCACUUGAUAAGUGAUCAGGCCAAGAGGCCGGAUCUCUUGGGAGCCUAUGUAAAGUAUGUGUUCCAUGCACCCUACUACAGCCAGCAAACGGCGAGACAGAGGACGGUGCACGGUGAACUCUGCCGGCACUUGCCAUUCCUCCUGAAUCCCAGCAAUCCAGACUUCCUCAUCGUCAACAAGUUCAUGCGCUACUCCUCGAUAUUCUUCGAUCUGAUUGUGAAGAGUAUGGCUCAGCACUUGCUGGCCACAGGCAGGAUUCGAAUGCUGCGGAACGAGCGGUUUCCCAAGGAGUAUGCCGAUCGAGUGGAGCAGCUAAUCAAGGUCCUGAUGCCGUAUAUCACCACGCGGUAUGAGGAUCUGGGCGAGGAAACGCAUCUUCUAAAUCGCUCUCUGGCGAGGUUUGUGCGCCAGUGUUUGAGCUACAUGGACAGAGGAUUCGUCUAUCGUCUGAUUCGCUGCUAUAUGGGAGAGUUUGCGCCGGGCAACGCUCGAAUACUCCACGAAUACAAGUUCAACUUCCUGCAAGAGAUUUGUCAGCAUGAGCAUUAUGUGCCACUCAAUCUACCAUUUGUACUGAACCCCAAGAAUAGACCGGCAGAGAUGAUGCAGCACUUUACACUGUCCGAGCAGUUCUGCCGACAGCACUUUCUGUCGGGAUUACUGCUCCAGGAGCUGAAGAGCAGCCUCAACGAGGUGGGUCACGUGCGGCGUCAUGCUCUGGGCAUCUUCAAGGAUCUGCUAGCGAAACACGAGCUGGAUAAUCGAUACCAGCAAAGGGGACAGCUAUCAAGGAUUGCCCUGCUCUAUGUUCCCUGGCUGGGUGUUGUGAUGGAUAAUAUACACCGCAUCGAUGAUAUGUCCGAGUCCGGGGCCUGCACACCCAAUGGCCAUGUGUAUGCAGAUUCAGCUUCCUAUACCAAGCGACUGAGCUGCUCCAGCAGCUAUGUGUUUAGCAAGGACUCGUCCACCUUUGGAUCCCUGACUUCCACGCCCAGGUCGAAGAAUCGUCUCACCCUGCACUGCGAUCAGCCGAGUCCGUAUCGCACCUCGGUUCAUAUGAAGGAACACAAUUACCUGGCUGCCAUCGCGGGACAGCCAAUUAGCAAUGGAAUCUCCAACCUUUCGCUUAAUUCCAACACUGAUUCGGGGCACUCCCAGGACACUACGACAAUUGGAGCAUAUACAAACGGAGAUGCAGAUGUAGCUCUUCGAAAUGGGCACAAUCGCUCUGUGAGCGUAACUCACGCACAGAUCCUCUCGCGCUGCGACAAGUUCAGCUCGGUGGAGAGCAAGGAUCUCUUGCUGGGUUUCCUGUUCAUCAUUAAACAUCUGUCGCAAGAUCAAAUGGUUGCAUGGUGGCAGAACUGCAACGAGUCCGAGACCCUGCAGUUCCUCUCCAUUCUGGAUCUUUGUCUGCUGCAAUUCCGCUAUGUGGGAAAGAAGAGUGUGGUUCUCACUUCGCCAGACUCCCGAACAGGUCGCUCCGCCAAGGCUCACACGUUGCCAGCGAGAACGCAACCGCCCACGGGCUUGGAGAAUGGAAACAGCCAAGAGCAGCAGCAACCGAACAGUGGAACAUUGAACCAAACCCGAGAGCAUCUCUUGGAAGAUAUGGACACUCUGGCUAGAAGCCAGUUGGCUCUUUACGAAUCCAAUUUGGCCACUGAGGUGGGCAUGAUAAUCCUGGACUGCCUGGGCAUGUAUGUCUUGCAAUUCCGACAGCUUCUAGCCGACAGUACUAUCCUGCCCAAGUUAGCUCGAGUAUAUCUGCGAUUCCUGCAACUGGGACAGUCGGAAAGGCUCUCGAAGCACGUAUUUGCUGCACUAAGAGCGUUUAUCAAUAACUAUGCCGUAGCCCUGUUCAAAGGCAAUGCCAUGUUGUGCGGUCAGAUGGUGUACGAGCUUCUGAAAGCCUGCGAUAGUCGUCUGGUGGAAAUUCGCCAUGAAUCCUGUGCCGUAUUAUAUCUCCUCAUGCGCAGCAAUUUCGAGUUUAGUGGCAGGAAGGCUCUAACGCGAGUGCAUCUUCAGGUUAUCAUAUCCGUCUCCCAGAUGAUUGGCAAUGUGAUCGGGCUGAAUAAUGCCCGGUUCCAGGAGAGUCUGUCCAUCAUCAACAGCUAUGCGAAUAGCGACAAGGCCAUGAAGGGCACUGGCUUUCCCAUGGAGGUGAAGGACUUGACGCGACGCGUGCGCACCGUCUUGAUGGCCACGGCGCAGAUGCAGGCCCAUCACAUGGACCCGGAGAGAUUGCUGGAGCUACAGUAUUCCCUGGCUAACUCGUACGCCUCCACACCGGAGCUGCGGCAUACUUGGUUGGUGACCAUGGCUAGGAAUCAUGAGCAGAAUGGGAAUCUCUCGGAGGCUGCCUGCUGUCAUCUUCACAUAGCUGCUCUCAUGUGUGAAUUGCGCUUGAGAGGUGGCUGCAGUCUCAGUUGGUCGUCCACGGCAUUUGGCAAGAUCUCCAGAAAUAUUCCCCUGGAUGAGCAGGCUAAGUUAGAUGCCGGUGCUCAGGACUCCCAGUACACAGAGCAAAUGCUUUUGGAGCAGCUGAAGCAGUGUGCCGACUUCUUGGACCGCGCCGAAAGAUUCGAGUGCCUCGGAGAGCUCUACAAGCUUAUUCUGCCGAUGUACGAAAGGGAUCGCAGCUUCCUGGAACUGGCUCACUGCUACGAGCAUUUGACUCAGGCCUACAACAAGAUUGUGGAGGUUAAUCGUUCGGAAAGGAUGCUGGGUCGCUUUUACCGAGUUGUAUUCUAUGGAAUGAUGUACUUCGAGGAAGACCAUGCCAUAGAGUAUGUGUACAAGGAGCCGAAGCUGACCUCGCUGAGCGAGAUAUCCGAGAGACUGGGCAAGCAGUACAGGGAAAAGUUUGGAGCGGAUGUGGUCAAAAUGAUCAUGGAUUCAUCACCGGUUAAAGUUGACGAAUUGGAUGCCAAGCUGGCCUACAUACAGGUCACCCAUGUAAUUCCCUUCUUCUCCAAGGAUGAACUUGAUCAAACUAACGAGUUCGAGCAGAAUCAUGAUGUGGACACAUUCAUGUAUGAAACGCCAUUCACCAAAUCGGGAGCAGCUCGUGGCAGCGUGGAGGAGCAAUGGAAACGCAAGACGGUCAUUAAGACUCAAUACUCAUUUCCCUAUGUCCUUAAACGUAUACCCGUGAAGGCUCGCGAGAUCAUAGAACUGAGUCCCAUCGAGGUGGCCAUCGAUGAGAUGCAAUCAAAGGUUUCAGAGCUGGAGGAGAUCAUUCUCCCGCCAGCCGAUGUCAAGAAGCUGCAGUUGCGCCUGCAGGGAAGUGUGGCUGUGACCGUGAAUGCGGGUCCAUUGGCCUACGCCCAUGCCUUCCUGGAUGCCAAGGUGGUCAAUAAUUUCUCAGUUGAUCGCGUUAGUGAUCUCAAGGAUGUCUUUCGUGACUUCAUUGUUGUGUGCCAGAAGGCUCUAUUCCUUAACGAGCGGAUCAUUAGCGCCGACCAGAAGGAGUAUCAUCAUGUGCUGAAGGAGAACUACGAGAAGCUGUGCCAGGCGCUCAGUGAGUUGCUCGACGACGAGUCCUUCCAGCCGCUGGGCGACGAUGCCGAUAGCAUAAAUCAACGCAACAGCAUGGCUUUGUUCAACGCAAUCAGCGGCGCAUCCCAUAACUCAAGUACUGCUUAAGUUCGGCAAAACCGAAGCUCAGAUAUCAGAUACUCAGAUACAGAUACACGCACAUCUAACCAGAAAGCAAACGAAUACCAAGUGCACACUGUAUUUGAGAAUAACACCAGCAGAGUGGCGUAGGCGUAACCACAACGUAUUUAGUCGUAACCUAGACGUGUGUUUGGUGUUUCCUAGUUUGAUGUUGAAAUUGAAAUUGAAAUUGAUGUUGAAAUUGAAGUUGAACUUGUCUGGCGGCAGGUAAAGCGCAACUUUUGGGCUUUACGGUUUGAUACUUGGCUAAAGGGGGCUCGCAUGUGACUAACCCAGCACGAAAAUCAAACAAAAAAACGCAAACAAUACCCCUGCAUCAUUAUGGUGGCUAUUAAUCCGACCCAAAAUAAACUAACCGUAAGCCUCAAUGCAAAAUUCUAACCAAAACUAUGUGUUUUCUGAGCUUUUUUACCCCCAAAAUGCCUUGACCAUUUUGUAUUAACAUUUUAUUUUAAUUCUCCCAUUUUUUAGGACCGUAUUUUGUUGAUCAAAAUACCAGCAACCACACCCACCACCACCACCACCAC